AUGUUUGUGGUUUAUGCAUCAACUUUUAAUGCAAAUUUGAAGGAGCAACUUCAACUCGUCACGUUCAAUUUAUUUCCUGUGAUCAUUCUUCAACACUUUCAACUGAUUAGAAGAAAUGUUUUCAUUCAAUCUUUUUAUAAUUUAAUGGAUAUUCAUGUCGCGCACAAGACACAACUUAGACAAGACAACCACAGCACGAUAUGCAACUGCAAGUACAGCAAUGACAUGUUACUGAAAUGUGUAAAUGGAUUGGAUCAUGCAGUGCAUUUGCCUCUACUAAUCACUUCCAUUCAUUUAGAAAUAAAAACCCGGGAUGCUCAUAAUCAUAAAAAAAGAAGAAUUCUUUCCAGUGACUUAGAAGAAUUAAGUAAUCAAAAUUGA